UUCAAUAGAGCUCUAUACCUUUUGACAGAUGCCAAAUCUGAAACGUCAUAAAUCGAACGUGGAGGGCAAACAAAAGGCGCGCUUAAUUUGUUUUGGCUGCUAUUUCAAAAAAAUGGAGAUUUCAAACUACGCCAAAGGAUUGGAUGAACGAAGAAAGAAGGAGUAUGUCAGUAAGAUCGCCGCGAUUGCGGCCAAAGAUCCGUACCUCCUCAAGUGCACGGAGCAGUGUCUGCCGAAAAAUGUAAACUACGUAAAGAUUAUUAAUUAUCUUCUACAAGGAAGGAACACGGUAACAGGAGGCAAACUCGAGUCCAAUAAGGCCCUUAGUGCUGGCAAGCUUUACCAAAGUGGAUGGGUUCAAUCCAUGGAAGGAUUCCAACACAGUGAAUUGUGCUUCAUUCUGUCAAAGGUGCUUCAUACCCAAUCACUGAACCUUCCAGCGCUGCGUGUUUGGAUUGCAGUGGACAAAGAUGGCUUCAUCAAAACUGCACAUUGCACUUGUGUUGCCGGGCUUGGUGAGUGCUGUACUCACAUUGGCGGAACUUUGUUUGCUCUGGAGUCCAUAGCAAGAAAAUUCGAAGAGGAUAAUCUAAUAUCGGUCACUGAUAUGAAAGCUUAUUGGAAAGUUCCUUCAUGUAAGCUCAAACUCCAGGUGCCAUGUGAAAAGAUUAAAUGGAACAAAAGUAGUCAGUCUGCACAGAAAGGCAAAAGACAAGUUCAACCUGCUUCAUGUGCCCAAGUGGUAGAGUUUUUAAAAUCUUUGAGGGACAAGGGAUGUGAGGUUUCAGCAAUGAGCAGUUUUGAAGCGCUAGUUCCGGAGCAAGACUUGUGUCUGAGUAUAGAAGAACGAGAAUUGAUUCCAAUGUACAUGGCCAACGUCUUCAAAAUUGAAUAUGAGGGGUUAGACAAAAGGGAAAUUGAAAAAAUUUCAGGGAUGCUUGUUUUCAGACUAACAACGGAACAAGUCAACUUCGCUGCUUCCAUUACCAAACAGCAGUCCAAAUGUCACUAUUGGCACAAACUAAGAAUUGGACGAAUAACUGCAUCCAUAUUUAAGCAGGCUGCUAGAACAAAUUUAAAAAUUUUUUACCUAACACAAACAACAAACAGAGAAGAUUAAAGAAAUCCACAGAACAACACACUGAAGGUAUUUACUUUAAUAAAUGAUAACUUUUGAUUAUUAUUACACAGUACGUUUUAUAUUUGUCACUUCUUUAAAGAAAUAAAUGCAAAGUUUUUCUUGUUUGCCCUCCACGCAUAAAUGACAGACAAGACGUCAUUUCGUUUGACGUUUCUCUCCG